CCCCUUCCGAUCUCGGAUCGAUCUCUCGCUGCUAGUCGGUUAUCAACAAUUAUAUUUGAAUUGUGAUGUCUUAUAUUGAAAUCACGACUGGUAAAAAUGGAAUUAUUGAAUUCCAAUUAGACUAGUUCAACUGCUGGACUGGGAGAUACAUUUUACGUCUACCUAGAUUUUUUCAUUUCUGCCGGGGUGUGCCUUUGUCUUUCCAGUUAUUGGUCUUUGUGAGUGAUAGCUAAAAUGGCUGAGCAGGGAGUUCUCCUGGACCAGGACCAGUUCUGCUGCUCUAUCUGUCUGGAUUUACUGAAGGAGCCGGUCACUAUCAACUGUGGACACAGUUACUGUAGCAAUUGUAUUGAGGACUGCUGGGAUAAGGAUGAUCCAAAGGGCGCCUACAACUGUCCCCAGUGCAGACAGACUUUCUCACCUAGGCCGGCUCUGAUGAAGAAUAGCUUGCUAGCCAUGGUGGUUGGGAACAUGAGGAAGAUAGGACUCCAGCCUACUCCUCCUGCUAUGUGCUUUGCUGGACCUGGAGAUGUGGAAUGUGAUUUCUGCAAUGGAAGAAAGCAGAAAGCUCUCAAGUCAUGUCUGGUGUGUCUAGCCUCUUACUGUGAGACUCAUCUCCAGCCUCAUUAUAAUAUAGCUCCAUUGAUGAAGCACAAGCUGAUCAAAGCCACCACACAAUUGCAGGACAAUAUCUGCUCUCAUCAUGACAAACUGCUGGAGAUUUUCUGCCGGACCGACCAGCAGUGUAUCUGUUAUCUGUGUACCAUGGAUGAACAUAAAGGCCAUGAUACAGUCUCAAUCACAGCUGAAAAGAUGGAGAAACAGAAGCAGAUCGGGCUGAGUCAGCAGAAGGUCAAGCAGAGAGUCCAGGAGAGGGAGAAGGAGUUGAAGGAAGUGCAAAAGGCUGUGGAGUCUCUCAGUCGCUCUGCACAGGCGGCAGUGGAGGAAAGUGAGAGGAUCUUCACAGAAUUGAUUGACUCCGUUGAGCGAAGGCGCUCUGAGAUGAAGGAGCUGAUUGUAGCCCAGGAGUAUACAGCUGUGAGUCAAGCUGAAGGCCUCAUGGAGCGCUUGGAGCAGGAGAUCGCUGAGCUGAAAAUGAGAGGGAUUGAGCUGGAGAAGCUCGCACACACAGAGGAUCACAUCCAUUUCCUGGAGAGUUAUCAGUCUCUCGCCAGUCCCAGUGUAUUUUCAGAUUUGCCCACCAUCGCUGUCCGUCCUCUUCCGCACUUUGAGGAUGUGAGUGAGGCUGUGUCUAACCUGAGAGAGAAACUAGAGGGCGUCUUGAAGAGGGAAUGGUGCAGAAUUUCCACCAGAGUGAAUCUAGUAGAUGUUCUACACCCUCCCGAACCCAAGACCAGAGCCGACUUCUUACAAUAUUCCUGUCGGCUCACCCUGGACCCACACACAUUAUACAGACAACUCUUUCUGUCUGAGCUAAACAGAAAGGUGAAACUGAAGCGCAAAGGCUACUCCUACCCCAGCCGUCCAGACAGAUUCACUCAGUUGUGUCAGGUGCUGUGCAGGGAAGGUCUGUCUGGGCGCUGUUACUGGGAGGUGGAGUGGAGUGGGUGGAAGAUUUAUGCAGGCGUCUCAUAUAAAGACAUCAGCCGAUCAGGGCCUGCGGACGAUUGUCAAUUCGGACACAAUGACAAGUCCUGGAGUUUAGAGUGCUGUAGUAAUGGUUACUUUUUCCGACAUAAUAAUGUCAAGACUGAAGUGGCACGCCCUCAGUCCUCCAGAGUAGGAGUGUAUCUUGAUCACCAGGCGGGCACUCUGUCCUUCUACAGUGUUUCGGACAAAAUGACCCUCUUGCACAGAGUCCAGACUAAAUUCACUCAGCCCCUCUAUCCUGGGUUUUGGCUUCAUUGUUUUAAGACCACUGCUGAGCUAUGUGAGCUAGAGUAGAGGCCCCUGUCAGAGUGAUGCUUUACCAUCCCCUACUACUCCGAAUUGUUUAUCAGAGAUAAACAUUUCCUUCUAUGAAUCUCAGGAUUGACUUUCACAGAUUGAACUCUCUAGUCUAGAUAUAAUUUGAGGUUAUUUUCCCCAAAAUGUUAGGCAUAAAGUUCAUCUAAUGUAAUGUUCUCGCUUAAGAAUAAAGUGAAUGUAAUGUUCUCGCUUAGGAAUAAUGUGAAUCUAAUGUUCUCGCUAGCCAGACAAUCCAUAUCUCUGGUGAGAUUUUACUUCUGAAGGCAGCAUGUAGUAAGGCAGGAAGUACAUUGUUUUCAGAAUGAUCUCUCAACUUGUCCUGGCUGUGUGUUACAUAUUCUAUGUCAGAGAUGUUGGCAAUUUUUAUGUAGGCUACUGUUUACACAUACUUUUUUUUCCUCCUGCAUAUCGUAUUUCUUUUUGUCCUAGAACUCUCAAAUACAUCAUGUUACAGGUCCCCUGCAGGUCCAUAUUGUAUCAAUUAUCUUUCAAUCAACUGAGCCUAUAUUUACAGUGUUCACUCAAUAUUGACAAUGCUGAACCAAAUGCAAACUGAUAAAUAAAAAGCGUAUUUGUUGAA